AUGGAGAACCAGAGCCCCUUAGUUCCAAAACUCUACAGAAUACCAUUUCAGGCCUCACCCCGAAAGCAGAGCCUCACUUGGUGCGACGGAUCCAGGCGUAGCACACUGGCUGAGGGCGUUAACGGCUGCUGCGGCGACUUUGGGGUCCGUGAGGGGGAGGCCCCAAGUCAGGAAAGGCCCCAUAGGCCCCGUCCGGGCUCGACCGCUACCCCACAGAAGUAUACACCCAACUUGUACAACAAGGACUACAGCUCAGUGAGCGCCACCUCGGGGGUCGAACCUGGAGUGGACCUGCAAUGCGCAAGGCCCCAAUGGAGCCCUUGGGCUCUCGCAGAACCAGCUGGGUCUCCCGUAGUUCCGGAGGAGCAACUCGACCUUCUUCCGACAGUGGAUCUGAGCCAGGAGAUGCCUACUCAGCGGGUGUCCAAGAGCUUCCUGAGCCAGCUCUUCCAGGUCCUGAACAUGUCAUUAUCCCUGGUAGGACACGUGCUGGUCAGUGUGUACAGGGAGGUGUGUUCCAUCCGUUUCUUGCUCAUGAAUGUGUGGCUGCUGAGCCUCUUUCUGGCAGCGCUUUGGUGGGGACUCCUGUAUCUGGUCCCUCCUUUGGAAAAUGAACCUAAGGAGAUGCUGACUAUGAGGGAAUACCACGAGCUCGUGCGCUGCCAGGGCCAGCAGCUGCAGCAGCUCCAGGCUGAACUGGAUGAACUUCACAAAGAAGUGUCCAGCAUUCGAGCUGCCAACAAGGAGACAGUGGCCAAGCUUGUAUUCCAGAGGCUGAGUGAGGACUUUGUGCGGAAACCCGACUAUGCGCUGAGCUCGGUGGGAGCCUCCAUCGACCUAGAGAAGACAUCCCAUGACUAUGAGGAUACAGACACUGCGUACUUCUGGAAUCGCUUCAGCUUCUGGAAUUACGCGCGGCCACCUACGGUUAUACUGGAGCCAGACGUGUUCCCUGGAAAUUGCUGGGCUUUUGAGGGCGACCAGGGUCAGGUGGUGAUCCGCCUGCCAGGAAGUGUGCAGUUGAGCGACAUCACCCUGCAGCAUCCGCCACCCAGCGUGGCGCACAGUGGGGGAGCCAAUAGUGCUCCCCGCGACUUCGCAGUCUAUGGUCUUCAGGCUGAUGACAAGACUGAAGUUUUCUUGGGGAAAUUCACCUUUGACGUGGAGAAAUCUGGAAUUCAGACUUUCCACCUGCAGAAUGACCCCCCAGCUGCCUUUCCCAAGGUGAAGAUCCAGAUUUUAAGCAACUGGGGCCACCCACGCUUCACAUGCUUGUAUCGAGUCCGGGCUCAUGGCGAGCAAAUCUCAGAGAGGGCAGGGGACAGUACCACAAAAGUCACUGGGGGGCUCCAUUAA